CCAGUGUGCUUUGCUCUUCGUCGCGUCCUCAAGCAGGAAGCGGGUGUGUUCGGAGCGAGUUCAUUUCGCUGAAUUCUUCGCAUCCUUCUUCUUGUUGUUGUUGUUGAUUCGUUUUCUCUCUCAGCUGAAGUGCGGUUGUUUUUUUCACCUGGAAUCAGUAACGCAAUCGGUGUGAACCAUGAAUCUGGAGCGCAUGCCGAACGAGGACAAGCUGAACCUGUGCAGGAAGUACUACCUGGGCGGCUUUGCCCUGCUCCCCUUCCUGUGGCUCGUCAACGUGGUCUGGUUCUUCAAGGAAGCCUUCAUGAAGCCUGUGUACACGGAGCAGGCGCUCCUCAAAACAUAUGUGAAGCGCUCGGCGAUCGGGCUGCUGUUCUGGGUGGCGGUUCUCACCACGUGGAUCACCAUCUUCCAGCACUUCAGAGCAGAGUGGGGCGAGGUGGCGGACUACCUGUCCUUCACCAUCCCGCUGGGGAUCCCCUGAGAGAGAGAGAGAGAGAGGGGACCCCAGAGCCCUCACCCCGCUCUGCCACUCAGAAUCACAUCCACCACGUUGCUUUAAACAGUCUCAUUGUCUUUCUGUGUCUGAAACAUUCAGGAUGUUUACUCUGAAAACCUAAUAGAUUCUAUAGAUAUAUAUAUAUACUGUGUGCCGCAUGCAUUGUGCUGUUCUGCUCUCUCUCUCUGACUGGGUUUGUAAUGGAGAUCAGAACAGUUCAAUCUGCUUGUAAUAUUGUUUAAUUAAAGGAUGAAAAUGAUGACGUGUUCCAGAGUGCCAAAAGUGCGCUGAACCCCCCGCCCCCCGCCCCAUACAGGAAAUGUUCCCCGUUUUAAAAGGAAUGCAGAGAUUUAAUCAGCCUUCAGCUGUUUCAUAGGAAAGAACCGCGUUUUGUGGAAGUUUUACAGUAGCUCCAAAUUAGCGUCUAUAUUCCGCUUGCCUGUAAUUCCACGGGUGGGAAUAAGACUCCUAUUGCACAGCGGUUUCACCCAUUCCAGGUUUUAAUACGAGCUUGAUCAGCCCCAGUGUGUCUAGGUAACAAGCUCAGGUGUGUCUGAUUAUUAAACUCACUGUAAACACCAGGAAUGGAUCACACUGCUUUGCAAGGGGAGUCUCAUUUCCGUCCCUGAAUUAACUUGUAUAAUCACUGGAAACACUACCGUGGCAGCGACGGCUCAGCCUCAUCUGAUUUGUGCAGCACAGCACUAAUACUUCAGACCCCAUCGUCUUUCAUCACUGAUGAAUUGCACACGCUGUAAUUAAUUAAGAACAGAUACUGGGAGUGCUUUGGUUGCGGGAGAAAUAAAUUGUUUUGGACCGGAAACUAAA